AUGUCUCCGAAAUAUAUCAAGUUCAACAACCAAGAUUAUAAAAAGAUUUUUAUGCAAUGUGCAAGAAACGGUGUAAAUUUCUGUGACGAAACCUUUCCGCAUGCUGAUUCAUCAUUAUGGCGGAUAAAACCACCAGUAGAAGGAAGAAUUGUAUGGAAACGGUGCAAGGAACUUACUUCGAACCCACGCUUAGUCAUUUUUGAAAAUGAUCAAUUGAACCCAGACAUUGCUCAGGGUGCAAUAGGAAACUGUUGGCUUGCUGAGGCAUUAGGAGUCUUGGCUGCUCAUCCACAUCUCUUGCAAAAGAUUAUUCCACAAUGGGAAAAGCAAGAUUGGAUUCAUAGUGAAGAACCUGGUAAGAAGUUGGGUAUAUACCAUUUCAGAGAUACCGGAAGACAUCCAGGCAUCUUUCGCUUCAGAUUUUAUCGCUAUGGACAAUGGAUUGAAGUUGUAGUCGAUGAUUACCUUCCGACCGUGAAUGGUCAAUUGAUAUAUUCACGCUCGAAAAAUCCCGACGAGAUGUGGCGUUCAUUAGUGGAGAAGGCUUAUGCGAAAUUAUGUGGAUGCUACGAAGCUCUUGAGGCUGGAUCAGCGUCGGAUGCGCUGGUUGAUUUAACCGGAACUGUUCCGGAAAUCAUGGAUAUCAGCCGCGAGGAAGGGGGCAUAUUGUCCAAAAUGAGUGAUGAGGAUUUUGGCAUCUAUAUGAAUAUUGCUUAUAAGAAUGGAGGGCUUAUGAGCUGUUCGAUAAAUGUAGACGAAGGCGAUAGACCGGAAGAAAGAUUACCAAAUGGGUUGGUAAUUGGACAUGCUUACUGUAUAACAGGAUUACGAAGGGUCACAGUCUCAUGGUUUAGAAACAAGGAAGUAUUGUUAGUAAAGCUUCGUAAUCCAUGGGGUGAAGUAGAAUGGAAUGGAUCUUGGUCAAACAGGUCUCCUAUAUGGGAGACAGUGAAUUUUCAUACACGUAAUAAGCUUAAAGGCGAAGUGACUCAACGUGGAGAUUUUUGGAUGGCUUUUGAAGACUUUAUUUAUAAUUUUUCAACGCUUGUGAUCUGUCGGCAUCUUAAUACUUCAUUGUUCUCAUUCAAGAAACGAUGGCACAGCGUGAUGUUUCGAGGUGAAUGGUCAGAAGGAACGGAUACUCUGGGAGGCUGUAUUAACAAUGUAGAAACGUUCUACAAGAAUCCUCAAUACGUGAUUACGGUUAAAAAACCGACAGUUGUAAUAGUGGCUCUGAUGCAGGAUGAUCAACGCAUGGAACGACUAGAAGCAUUUAAAUAUUUAACGAUAGGAUAUGUGUGCUUGAAAGUCGAAGAAAACAGAAAAUAUCGAAUUCAUGAGCCAACAUACGAUGUCACCGGCCAGGUGACGUACCUUAAUGCCCGCGAAGUAACUGGUCGUCUGGAACUCAAAUGUGGACGAUAUAUACUGAUUCCAUCCACAUAUGAUCCAGGAAAAGAAGGCGUUUAUUUUAUGCGGUUAUUUUCCUCGCGUCAUUUGGGCAUUGGACUUCUUACUCGCGAUGCACCCAAGAAAAAAUGGUGGUAUCCGAUAGUGUACUUUAGAAAGUCGUAUUUUGUUGGGCUUGUACGCGUGCAAGUUAGUUCUGCUAAUUUGAACAAGGCUGGUGGGGGCAAGACUUAUAUACAACUAACAUUUUCUGACAUGAAAGAACGUAAUCGACAAAGCGUUCGCGUGCUCUCCACGUCAUGUAACAAGGGAACAAUCAACUUUGGUUCAGAGUAUGUCUUCUAUGUAAGAGAUCCGGUUCACUCUAGUUUGCAACUGCGACUUUGUAAAUCCAAACUCUUUGGUAAAGAUGAUUUUUUGGGGGAGACAUUCGUUCCACUAGAAAAAUAUACGGGAAAAGGGGGAGUAUGGACGAUAACGAAGACAUUGAUCAAGACUGUCAAAUCACAUGGGCCACCGGGCGCUGUUCCGGGUACUAUCCCUGGCGCUAUUCCGGACGCUAUUCCGGGUGCUGUUACUACUGAAGAAUAUCAACCAUCAACGAACGAGGCAAGAGUGCGAAAGGAGACUUUGUCAUUUGCGGAUUCAUCGAGUACAGAGUUGAGAUCUGGAACCUCAAAACCAACAAGAAAAAGGGCAAAGCGACCUGUUAAACGUCUCGUACAUGUGAAUGCGGGUGAAGUCCAAAUUCGCGUGUCUUAUUCUAAAGGGUUCCUUGCAUAG